UCCAAUCCCAAAACAACAUCAACAAAUUACCAACAGAACGCUCAUAUACACUACCAAAACAUCAUGCAACAAAAGUCACCCAAGAGACUCAAACACGGCGGAGCUUCCACUUCCUACCCAACGCCGCCGCAGCAACAACCCGAACCGCCUCGUCUCACUCGCGAACAGGAGGCAUCCGUCAUGGUUGCCGCUCUCAAGAACGUCAUUGCCGGCGGCACUGCCAUUGACAUGACUCACGAAUUCCGGCUUUUCGAAUUCACCACCACCACCACCGCCAUCGCCACCACCGAUCAGGAACGCCCUCUAUUCCCCGUUCCCGAUCCCGACACUUGUCAAUUUUGCAAAAUCAAGGGCUGUUUGGGUUGCAACUUUUUCCCGCCAACUCAAGAGGACAAAAAGGGCACUGCUCCAAAGAAGAAAAAGAAGAAUUACAGGGGUGUCAGACAGCGGCCGUGGGGGAAGUGGGCGGCGGAGAUCCGGGACCCGCGGCGGGCGGCGCGGGUGUGGCUGGGGACGUUCGAGACGGCGGAGGCAGCGGCGCGGGCCUACGAUAAGGCCGCCAUUGAGUUCCGCGGGCCCCGGGCCAAGCUCAAUUUUCCUUUCCCGGAUGACAUCACGUUGUUAAAUCAGAGUCAGAGCUCACAGGCAGAGCAAGAAAUUCCGGCCAAGAGGGAAUUGGCGGCGGAGAUGGAAGCCGGACCCAGUAAGGAAAAUGAAUUCUGGGAAGUGAUUGAAGAGCGAGAAAUUGAAGAGUGGAUGAUGACGAUGAUGGAUUUCAGUAGGGGUGAUUCUUCUGAUUCUACCACUGGAAAUGCUCAGAGUUCUUCGAUAUAGUAAUAGUAAUAGUGAUCAUAGGCUAAUCAAAUUCUUUCUUGAUUUUUAGCUAGUUACAAUUUUAGAAACUAGCUAUAAAUUUCAAUAAAAUUAGCAAAAUGCAAACCAGAUUAUUUUAUUCUUUUUAUUUGUUCUUGUUUUGUAGAUUUUUGUACCUAAUUUGAUAAGAGUUUUUUAAAUUGGGUUUGUGUUUUUGAUGACCCGGAAUCAGAAUUGUCAAUAGUAUCACACUAUUCUAUUCAA